AUGAAGGAACUUGAGCAACUGGACAGCCAAAUUGAGAUCUCUCUCAAACAUAUCAGGGCGACAAAGAGCCAGCAGUCACUUGAUCAGCUCUUCGAGCUCAAGCACAAGGAACAACAACUGCAAGAUGUUAAUAAAGACUUACGAAAGAAGAUACAAGAAACUAGUGCGGAAAGUGUUCUACAGAUGUUUUGCCAGGAUGUUGGACCUAGUGGGUCUAGUGGCCAUGCUAAUCAAGCUAAUCAACAGGAGCAUUUUCAUCCUGAUUGUGACCCUUCCUUGUGUAUGGGGUAUGAUCAUGCUUACCUGGAUGACUUGAACAAGGAAUGA